CCAGCCUCUGUGCCCUACAGUACAGCAGAUGCACGGUGUACAAAGCAGGGGGGUCAGCUUCCAUUCUGCUUUCCUUUCCUUGUAUUUUGUUUUUUAUUCUCCUUUUGGAUUACUUUGGUGCUGCUAAUACCGAGGACUCUGUUGCUGUACAUUUUAAAACAUCCCAACGAUGCCUAACCCUUGAGUGGUUUCCUUCUACAAACAGCUACAGAUCUCUGUACCGAGUGACUCAUGCAUGGAUGCAGACGCCACGCUCCCAUUUCCUUUGCUGUUUUUGCCUUUUUAAAUGGAAUGUUUUUGAAAUAAGCAGGUGAAGGAAGUUGGAAGUGCUGAAAAGAUAUUGUGGUAUUAAAAAUAGUUUUGGUGUGGAUAUCCAAACUUUCCAUCCUGAAAAUGAACUUGUCUUUGAAUGUUAACCUCUGGAAGCAACUAUUUCUUCUUCAGAUUAGUUCAGUGGACAAAUAAUAUUGUGUUUCUUUACAAUUCUUAUUUAGGUGGGAUGCUGCUUUUAAAGUUACAAGACUGUUUGUAACACUCCCCCUCUCCACCCUCCUUUUUCUCUUGUCAACAAACAACAGCAAACUUGUUUUUAAAGGACUUCGUAACAUGCUUUCCUUUUGCUGCGAAGAUACUUUGGAUUAGUUGCACUUAAACAUCAAGAGCAUGUUAACUUUUUUUUUUUGUUCAUGAAUUCAUAUACUGGCCAGCUCUUAGUGGAGCUUGUUGAUAUUUAUUUAUUUAUUUAUUUAUUUAUUUAUAUAUAUAUAUUUUGCUCCAUCUUUAUCUCUCUGAACCUUGGAUCAAUUUGGCAUGCUUUUGAACCCCAAAGUGCCGGGGCUGUCAGCAAUGUUACAGACUAUUUACGAGACCGAAUCAUGUUUUUCCUCAGACGGCGUGACUAGCCGGGAGCAGCCUCUAGAUCUGCUGGCCAGAAACCGGAUUCACACCAUUCCCACCUCUGGGGUGGAGUCCGUGAAAUCGGCAGGCAUGCAGAGCUCGGGGGGUGGGGGCGGGGGUCCGGUAGACCUACGCACCGACACUCGUAUCCCCCUGCCCACGGCGGACCCCGUGCUCCGGGAGCAGCAGCUUCAAAACGAACUCCUCCUUCUCAAACAGCAGCAGGAGCUGCAGAAACAGCUGCUCUUCGCAGAGUUCCAGAAGCAGCACGAGAACCUCACCCGCCAACAUGAGGUGCAGCUGCAGGAACACCUCAAGCAACAGCAGGAGAUCCUGGCAGUGAAGAGGCAACAGGAGUUGGAGCAGCAGAGGAAGCUGGAGCAGCAGAGACACGAGGAGAUGGAGAAACAGAGGCUGGAGCAGCAGCUCAUCAUGCUGCGGAACAAGGAAAAGGGCAAAGAGAGUGCAAUAGCCAGCACUGAAGUGAAACUAAAACUGCAGGAGUUUCUGCGGAGUAAAUCCAAAGAAUCCACCUCAGGCGGACUGAACCAUUCCUUUCCCCAGAAUUGCUGGGGAGCCCAUCACACCUCGUUAGACCAGAGUUCCCCCCCACAGAGCAGCACCCCCGGGACGCCACCCUCUUACAAACUGAACUCCAUGCUGGGAUCCUACGAUGGCAAGGAUGACUUCCCGCUGCGCAAGACAGCUUCUGAGCCCAACCUGAAAGUGCGCUCCAGGUUGAAACAGAAGGUUGCAGAGAGAAGAAGCAGCCCCUUGUUACGACGGAAAGAUGGCACCGUCAUCAGUACCUUUAAGAAGAGAGCCAUCGAAAUCACAGUGUCCUCAAUGUGUAACAGUGCCCCUGGAUCCGGACCCAGCUCUCCCAACAGUUCCAACAGUGCCAUAGCUGAGAAUGGAUCAAGUGGCUCUGUACCCAACAUCCAUGCCGAGCACAUGCGUUCGCACCAUCGUACAAUGAAUGCAGAUGGGUGUGUAAGCCAGCUGAGUCUCUACACGUCCCCUUCGCUACCCAACAUCUCCCUGGGCCUGCCAACCUCCGUCACCGCUGCCAACUCCCACAUCAAUGCGCCCCAGAAACUGUCUGCCCAGCAAGAGGCGGAGCGGCAGGCCAUCCAGUCCAUGCGACAGGGGGGCGCUUUGACCGGGAAGUUUGUCAGCACCACCUCGCUGCCCGCCUGUCUGUCCACAGCGGGGCCCCACGACGCUGACACAGCCACCACCGCCAACAGCCACAGCCACUCGUCACUGCUGCAGCACGUACUGCUCCUGGAACAAGCCCGCCAGCAGAGCGCGCUACUCGCAGUUCCCAUCUAUGGCCAGUCCCCUCUGGUGACGGGUGAGAGGGUGUCAACGAACAUGCGGACUGUGAACAAGCUGCCUCGCCACCGACCCCUGAGCCGCACCCAGUCUGCACCCCUGCCCCAGAGCCCCCAGGCCCUGCAGCAGCUUGUCAUGCAGCAGCAGCACCAGCAGUUCCUCGAGAAGCAGAAGCAAUACCAGCAGCAUAUCCAGCUCAACAAGAUGCUGUCGAAGGUGUCCGAGAUGCCCCGCCAGCCCCCCACUCACCCGGAGGAGACGGAGGAGGAGCUCACAGAGACGGCUGAGAUGCAGGAGGAGCGGGGGGGACAGACAGAGCCAGGGGAGGGGCCAGAGGGUGAAAGAGAGGGCCAGGGGAACACAAUCCCCUCAGACUGCCCAAUCACACUGAGAGACGAGAAUACUGAAAGCGAGGAGGAGGAGGAAGAGGAAGAGGAGGACGGUGCAGAGCCAAUCGAACUAAAGGAGUGUGACGAGCAGAGCCCCCCCUAUAAUCAGUUCUCGGACCAGCAGCCCUUGCAGCAGCUCCAUGUUUAUCAGGCCUCCCUGUCCAUCACAGGCAUACCUCAUCGGCCGCUUGGCAGGGCCCAAUCUUCACCCGCCAGUGCCAGCCUGAAGGGCCCCAUCGUGGGGGAGAAACCAGUCAAGCACCUUUUCACUACAGGAGUUGUCUAUGACACGUUCAUGCUGAAACAUCAGUGCACCUGCGGGAACACUAACAACCACCCCGAGCAUGCUGGGAGGAUUCAGAGCAUCUGGUCUAGGCUGCAGGAGACGGGGCUGCUCAGCAGGUGUGAGCGAAUCCAAGGGAGGAAAGCAACAAUAGAUGAAAUCCAGACCGUGCAUUCAGAGCACCAUGCUCUCUUCUACGGCACCAGCCCGCUGAACAGACAGAAACUGGACACCAAGAAAAUUUUAGGUCCAAUUAGCCAGAAAAUGUAUGCAGUUCUGCCCUGUGGAGGCAUUGGGGUGGACAGUGACACGGUGUGGAAUGAGAUGCACUCCUCCAGUGCAGUGCGGAUGGCUGUGGGCUGCGUCAUCGAGCUUGCUUUCAAAGUGGCGUCCGGAGAACUCAAGAAUGGGUUUGCUGUUGUUCGCCCACCAGGACACCAUGCAGAGGAGUCGACUGCAAUGGGGUUCUGUUUCUUCAAUUCAGUGGCCAUCGCUGCCAAGCUACUCCAGCAGAAGUUGAAUGUGGGGAAGAUUCUGAUUGUGGACUGGGAUAUCCACCACGGCAAUGGGAGUCAACAGGCGUUCUAUAAUGAUCCCAACGUGCUGUACAUCUCUCUGCACCGAUACGAUGACGGAAACUUCUUCCCAGGCAGCGGGGCUCCCGAGGAGGUAGGGUCAGGCACAGGAGUGGGAUAUAACGUCAAUAUAGCCUGGACUGGUGGGGUGGAGCCACCAAUGGGAGACGUGGAGUACCUCACUGCUUUCAGGACGGUUGUGAUGCCCAUUGCAAAUGAGUUCUCCCCAGAUGUAGUUUUGGUUUCAGCCGGGUUCGACGCAGUAGAAGGACACCAAUCUCCGCUGGGUGGAUACUCAGUGACAGCAAAGUGUUUCGGUCACCUGACCAAGCAGCUGAUAAAGCUGGCUGGGGGGCGAGUUGUCAUGGCCUUGGAGGGGGGUCAUGACCUCACAGCUAUCUGCGAUGCCUCCGAAUCCUGUGUCUCGGCUCUCCUGGGCAACGAGCUUGACGCUCUUCCACAGUCCCUCCUUCAGCAGAAGCCUUGCCCAAAAGCGGCCGCGUCUCUGGAGAAAGUCAUUGAGAUUCAGAGUAAACACUGGAGCUCUGUGCAGCGCUAUGCCUCCACGGUGUGCCAGUCUCUCUUGGAGGCUCAGAAGAGAGAGAAGGAGGAGGCUGAGGCUGUCACUGCCAUGGCAUCGCUGUCUGUUGACCCUGAGCAGGGAAACACAGAGGCAGAAAGCAGACAAGCAGACGAGCCUAUGGAGGAAGAGCCGGUGUUGUAGAGUGCUGAUUUCCCAUUGUGAUUGUAAACCCUCUUUAUUACAUUCUCAUGAGACCCCCUCGCCCCCCCACUCUCCCUCCAUUCCUCCAAGUCUGACAGUCGUGCACUGUACUGCACCACACCUCGCCACACUGACUUCCGAGAGAAAAAGCAUGUGGGAGACAGACAGACAGACAGAGAUGGGCACACAGAUAGGAGGAAACACGAAAUUCAUUUCCCGAGUGAUUCAGUGGCCGUCGGUGGUUUGUACUUCUUUUUUUAAAAGCGGAGAGAAUUUGCUCAAACUUUUUCUAAAAUACGUGAAUUGAGCAAAGGGUUUUUUUUCUGUCCUUGGAACAUGCAGAAAAGGAACACUAUUUAAGAAAAAGAAAAUAGAUGGAUUAUCUACUUUAAUUUUUUUUUUGUUUAACACAGAAGGGUGAAGAACACAUUUGUGUUGUAUUUUUUGUCUUCAAGGGUGGGGUGAAAAAGGCAGCGCUGGAUAAACUCUCCCUUUUUAAUGAGAACCCAGCUGGCUGCGAGUACAUGGCUGUUCCAAUCGGGAGAGACUUCUUUUUUUUUAAAGAGGCAGCUGGUUCUUGGGUUCGCAAUUCAUGGAGGUAUUUAGACCCCAAACCCCCCCCCCCCCCCACCCUCCCCCUUGUGGAAAGUAUGUAUAUUUACAGUCACUGACUUUGAAUUAAUAAAAAGCAGUUGCUCACCGUUCCAGCAAUCCAAACCUUUUAAUAUAGAGUUUAACAGCAAUCGUCUAGCAAAGGUGAAUAUUCUCUCAUAUUUGUUUAAAAUGCCUUAAUUUCCUUUAACUCCAUUGACUGGAUCUGUUCUAGCAGAGAUGUUUAAUAGGGUUGAUUAUCUUUCUCUGCCCACAAACAUUUGAAGCUGCUUUUUAUUUUUUUUCUCUGUCUCUCCGCUACCGGAAUUCAGGGAAUAAGUGAGGUAGGGGUUAAAGGUCAAAGGUUGUCUUGAGUUUAAGGACCCCCCCCAACCCACCCCCCACUAUUUUGCCUCUGUUCGUUUGUUAUUUUUAUUUAUUGUAACUAAACAACAGGUUGUGUAUUUGUGAUAUAAUGACCAAUUAUUUUAAUGUUUCUUCUGUAAAUAGAUUAUCGUCUCUUAUCUCGUUUGUCACCAAAAAUACAUUUAUUUUAUUAUCAUUUCUUUUUCAUUUUUUUGGACACAUUUUCUUAGCGUAAUAGACGGUUUAAAUCCAACCAUAUAUAAUUAAUAUAAAAUAAUUAUUUAAUAUUAAGUGUGGAUACUUUGUAUAUUUUUUUGAAAUUGACGGCUGUAAUGAGUGUGGGUGAGACAGGAGGGAUUUAGUUUGAAAUUGGAAUUUGGUUGAUGCAAAGAAUCUGUACAGUGAAAUCCGUACAACAGAGGAAUAAUAGGCUGGUUUGCACUAAAUUGGUGUUGGAUGGCUAUUCGUGACCUACAUUAGCAUUCUAUAGGGAUGACUUGCAGAAGUUUUAUUGUCAUACAUUUGGAAUGCUACAUUAUGGAUUCUCUGUAUUGUUCUUUUUAUGGUCUGUGUUUAAAAUGAAUUCUCUAAUCUAAAUAGGUAAAGGUGCAGCUUUAAAAUGCUUCUUCACUGUACCACUAAACUGUACAACUUGGUUCCGCUCUUAGGUGUUUUCUUGUAACUCGCCAUUUUGGGGGUGGGGAGAAGCAAUUUAUAGCUGCACCUUACCUGUUAAACUUCCUGCUAGGCUUGGGCCUGUAAGAUUACAUUUAGGCACAGCCAGGGAAAUGCAUGAACAGGAAUAAGAAUACAUGCCACAGAAACUGCAGUGACGUAAUCUUUAAUCCUGCCUGCUCAUCCUGUGCACUGUUCAGAACUCUGUGGGUAGAGGCAUUUUGUAUAGGCUUCGGUAUGCUUACAGGCUUCCCUGGCUUGGGGGUGAUGUACAGGUUUAAAGACACAAUGAAAAGUGUAUUCAUUUAUAUUAAGUGACUGGACCCAUGUUUGUUGCAGUAACAAAAGUACUUAAAUAAACCACAUUCUAUCUGGAUAAAAGUUAAUGUUCAUAAUAAGAACCCCAAAAGACUUAGAACUUAGAUUAUUAUUAUUUAAUAAUAAUAAUAAUAAUAAUAAUAAUAAUAAUAAUAAUAAUAAUAAUAAUAAUAAUAAUAAUAAUAAUAGACAAAAUACUCAAGCCCUGAAACAGAUAUGUACGUUUUUGUCAUCAUCCCGUGUUGUCACCCCCCCGAAAAAGCACAGCAUAAUAUAACCAAGCAACCCGAGUGGGGGUUAACACAACUUCUGCUACAUUUUGGUAUUCAAAGCGCUCUGUUCAAGAGAAAGUGUUUAGAGAACUCCUCCAGUUUCCUGCUCGGCCGUCCUUUGCUGGUUCUGUCUUAGCCCUUUGAUGUCACUUGUUCUGUUUUUCUAUCUGUUUAUUAUUCCUUUCUAAAAAACAACAUUAAAUAGACUGUCAGUUUUUAAAAUGUAUUUUUUGUUGGCUCAGUACUACAAGAAGCAACUGUUAGGUGCUUGAUAUCAGUGACGUGGAGUAGAUGGCAUCCAUGCUCAACAGACAGACUGACUAUAGAUAGUGUUGAUAAUACUAUACAUAUGUACAUAUACACCCUGCUAGCUUCACACAUCCGUAGAGAUGCUACAAAAAUAUUGCAGCUAUAAAAGAAAGCACACUUUAAACUGCAGGCUUAGGAUAAUUUUGACAUUUGAAAAUGUUUUUCCAUAUAUUUUCAAUAUUCAUUGUCUUUUGAUUGAUUGUACCUGUGAUCAGGAAUUGAUAUAUGGGUUUAGUUCAGGAACUUCAGAACCACCCAAUGUAAAAAAUAAAUUAAUAAAAAACUUGCACAGAUGCUGUACAGUAUUGAAAUGCAUAUUGUCCAUUUAAACCUACUGUAGCUUGGGUCAUGUAGGCUCUGCCCAGUUACGGCCAGUGACCUCUUUCAAUCCAUCUAAAGACCUGAUUCAUCAAAGGGUAUUCAACACUCAUGUUAACAUAUUUGAGAGAAUGAAGUAAGAAAGACAAUAGCCUGGCAACUAGGAUUCUCUCAGCAGCUUUGAAAGCCAAGUAGAGACUGCCGUAUUGAAGCAUCAGCAUUUCAGAACCCAAAUCAAAGGAAAGGACAACAUCAAUAAAGUGGCAUUUGAAUUCACAACAAUAAAAGUAGUUAAUAUAUAGUGUCAAUGAUCUGUUUAGUCAACCUAAAAAUAAAAAAAAUGCUCCACCUUUUAGUCUCUUGUUAGAUGAACCGUAUUUAAUUGACUGCAGGGCUCAGUUUGGUUACUGUUGGUAGUGUCAUAUUUUCCGGUGGAUAUUUUGCCAUGAAGUGGGUUCCACAGGUUAAAGACUUGCAAGAUAUGGAUGCAUGUUUGCGGUUUGCCCAGCAAGUUAGCUUGAAAUAUUUUACUCUUGGUUUACAAAAGACCAAAACCUCAGGUUAAAUUUGUUUUGGUGUAGAUUUUUGGAAUCGGGUCCGAACCGGGUCAUUGGAAUUGGGUAUUUUGAGUCCGAUUCUGGUUUCCAAAGUAUUUAGAAAGCUAUGUCCUGAUGUCAAUGUGUGAACUCAUCACAGCUGCAAUCAGUCAGUAGUCCAAAACAAGGACAACAAAACACAAAUAUAUAGUCUAGUUUAAGUGCGUGUUUUGUCUUUUUUUUUUUUUUU